AUGGCUUCGUCCCUGCUGCUGUCAGCUGCCCUGCUGCUUCCCGCAGUCCGCGGCCAGUUCUCAUAUGUUCAGCCCUUGAACACCACCAUCCUCGGCCAGUACGGCCAUGUGGAGCCCCACUACCCUUCACCAAAUGCCACUGGUAUUGGUGGUUGGGAGGAUGCUCUGGCCAAGGCUAAGGCCUUCACAGCCGAGCUCACCAUCGAGGAGAAGGCCAACAUGGUGACCGGCACCCCCGGACCUUGUGUCGGCAACAUUAUUGGCAUCCCUCGUCUGGGCUUCCCUGGUCUCUGCCUUCAGGACGGCCCUCUGGCCAUCCGUGUAGCAGACUACGCCAGUGUCUUCUCUGCUGGUGUUUCUGUUGCUGCUUCUUGGGACAAGGACAUCCUCUACGAGCGAGGGUAUGCCAUGGGAGAGGAGUUCAGGGCCAAGGGUUCCCACGUCUUCCUUGGACCUGUCGCCUCCCCUAUGGGACGAUCUGCUUACUCCGGACGUAACUGGGAAGGCUUCUCGCCUGAUGCCUACUUCACCGGUGUUGCGAUGGAGAAGACCAUUCUGGCCGUGCAAGAGACUGGUGUGCAGGCCUGUGCCAAGCACUUCAUCGCCAACGAGCAGGAGACCCAGCGUAACCCCACCUGGAACGAGAACGGAACUAUCACCGACGUCCUCCAGGAGGCCCUCUCAUCCAACCUCGACGACCGCACUCUCCACGAGCAGUACCUCUGGCCCUUUGCCAACGCAGUCAAGGCCAAGGUCGCCUCCAUGAUGUGCGCGUACCAGCGUAUCAACGGCACCUACGCCUGCCAGCACUCCAAGCUGCAGAACGGCGUCCUCAAGGGCGAGCUCGGUUUCCAGGGUUACAUCAUGUCCGACUGGGGUGCGACCCACUCUGGUGUUUCUAGCAUUGAGGGCGGUCUGGACAUGAACAUGCCCGGUGACCUCGGCAACUACGGCGCCACUUGGGGCAGCGGCAGCUACUACGGAGCCAAUGUCACCGCCGCCGCCAACAACGGCACGGUUGACGUCUCCCGUAUCGAUGACAUGAUCAUCCGCAUCAUGACUCCUUACUACCUCUUCGGCCAAGACUCCGCCGACUUCCCCACUGUCGACCCCUCCGGUGGCUACCUCAACACCUUCUCCCCAAUGUCGAGCUGGAGGGAGGAGUUCAACCUGACCGGCCCGUCCGGCCGUGACGUCCGUGGCAACCACAGCGCCCUCAUCCGCAAGCACGGUGCCGCUGGUACCGUCCUCCUGAAGAACGAGGGCGCUCUGCCCCUCAAGGCACCCAAGAACAUCGUGGUCUUCGGUAACGACGCUGGUGACGUGACCAACGGCCUCUACGGUGACAACACCGAGGAAUACGGCACUCUCUUCGCUGGUGGCGGCUCCGGAACCGGCCGUGCCACCUACAUCGUCAGCCCUCUCGAGGCCAUCAAGGCCCGCGCAGCUCAAGACGGCGCCCUUGUGCAGUAUGUCCUGAACAACACCUUCGUCAUCGACAACCUUGGUAGCCAGGGCGAGUCUGGCGCCCUUGGUGGAGUGCUCCUGAUCCCUGAGGUCGCCGACGUGUGCCUCGUCCUCGUCAAGACCUGGGCUGAGGAGGGCGCCGACCGCACGACCUUCGCCCUGGACUACAAGGGCGCUGAGCUCGUCAACGCGGUUGCCAGCAAGUGCAACAACACUGUCGUCGUCAGCCACUCGUCGGGAAUCAACAUGCUCCCCUUCGCGGACCACCCCAACGUCACCGCCAUCCUGGCUGCACACUACCCCGGCCAGGAGACUGGUAACUCGCUCGUCGACAUCCUCUACGGUGACGUCAACCCCUCUGGUCAUCUUCCCUACACCAUCGCCUUCAACGAGACCGACUACAAUGCGCCCGUCACAACCUCCGUCCAGACCGACGGCCCCGACGACUGGCAGUCAUACUUCGACGAGAAGCUCGAGAUCGACUACAAGUACUUUGAUGCCCACAACAUCAGUGUCCGCUACGAGUUCGGCUUCGGUCUGAGCUACACCACCUUCGACCUGGCCGACAUCGCCGCCGAGCCCGCCGCCGAGGGCGUCACCUCGCGCCCCGAGGAGAACGAGAUCCAGCCCGGCGGCAACCCCGCCCUCUGGGAGACCGUCUACAACGUCACCGUCGCCGUCAGCAACACGGGCGACCUCGACGGCGCCGCCGUGCCCCAGCUGUACGUCUCCUUCCCCUCGGGCAACGCCGCCCUGGCCGGCACCCCGCCCAGGCAGCUGCGCGGCUUCGAGAAGGUCGCCCUGGCCACCGGCGAGACCAAGACCGUCGGCUUCGAGCUCAUGAGGAGGGACCUGAGCUACUGGGACGUCGUCAGCCAGGAGUGGCUCAUCCCCGAGGGAGAGUUCACCCUCAGCGUCGGCUUCAGCAGCCGGGACCUCAGGGUCACUGCCAACAUCACGCCUAUCUCGGCUUAA